AUGGCCUUAACAACCGAUACAGCAAAUCAAAAGAAAUUUAAUUUGCGAGAAAAAGAUUUUCCUAAACUGGACUCGAUCCAAUUGGAUCAUCUAUUGAAAAAAACGCUUAUGGAAAAUAAAAGAAAGAAAAAAUACGAUUCAAAUAAUCCUAAGCCGAACCUGACAAAAGCAAGAAAAAGAGGAGCAACGGAUGUCGCUUCAGAAGAUACUGCCGAUAAAAGCAACAACGCAUCUUCACCGUCUGAAGAAUGGGAGCUUCCCAAGAGACCGAUAAAAAGAAGAACUACAACAUCGACGCAAGAUAAUGGAGAUAUUAAUUUGACUGAAAACCAAUAUCAGCAGCUCUCCGAUGACAGCGAGUAUGAAGAAGAUGAGAACAACACGGAUAUGGAAGUAAAUCAAGCGCAAGUAAAUCAGCUAAAGAAAGUGGACAACAACGAUAAAAUACUCACUUCCUCGGAAGAGGUUGCAAGUAGCAAGAAUGGAACAGAAUCGAAGAAGUCUGAAUCCCUCAAGACUCAGCUAAAUGAUCCGCAACGGCUUCCGCCAGUUAGGCAAACCAUCGCAGGUAACAAAGAAGUUGACAAUGAGAAAAAUGAGUUAUUCAAAGCAAAGUUACGUGGCAUCAAUAUCACCGGUGUAUUAAAAAGGGAAAAAACCAAAAAAAAGCGUCGUUUAAAUCCGACGCCGAACAUCAUUGCUAGAAAAACUCGUAAACUAUCGUUAUCGCAAUCCAACAGAUUGCAAUCGUUUUUACUGAAAGGCAUAAACAGUGGUUUGUCCGAGAUCGAGGUCGAGGCCGAACUUAAAGAACUGACAAUACCGGGACUGAAAUUUCACCGAGUACAACCAAAUAAAGGAUCGAAUUCAACGUCAAAAAGAGUCCCGAACUGCGAAGUUACAAUCUCUGAACCGAUUCGUAAACCCGAAUAUCAAUUUCGCAAACGCGGUCAGAGGAACGAGACUCGAACACCCGGAACGACUCAUCAGAGGGCCACCAAUCUACACGGCACAAACGACCAGACAGAUUUCAAGGAACCUUCAACACCCGCCGGUAUCCACGACUCCAGGAGCCUCCAUAGCGGGAGAAGUAAAAAAAGCGCUACCAAUGCUAAACGACCGCAAAAAGUGAUUGGUGGUACUCCAGCUUACCCUGGGGAAAUACCGUACCAAGUAUCAAUAAGGUACCAAGGCAAUCAUGUGUGUGGUGGCGCCAUUAUAAGCAAUCGUCACGUCUUGACUUCUGCAGCAUGUGCACAGAAGUUAUCAAACAUUCGCAAUGCCGUCGUUGUAACUGGUUCUACAAUAGUCACAAAGGGUGAAAUUCAUCAGAUCAAACAAGUUCUUUAUCACUCUAACUGGAAUCGGUACACCUCGGGUGCUCCGAAUGACCUUGCUAUCAUUACGCUCUUCAACGGUAUGAACUUUAAUUAUUUUCAAAACAAAAUUAAUUUGCCGUACGGACCACCGCCGAGUAGAGUGACUGCAACCGUCUCUGGCUGGGGAACCCGCACCAAUCCAUCCAACUACGCCGGAGUCGGAGAUCUCAGUAAGGCGCAGGUGUACACGAUCGGUGCUUCUGAGUGUCACACUAUAUUGCAGAACACUAGCAUUAUCUGGACGUCGCAGAUAUGCACGCGCGGUCCCCGAGGAGUCGGUAUUUGUUCGGGUGAUGAGGGUGGUCCUCUUGCGUAUAAUGGACAACUCAUAGGUAUUAUAUCCUGGGGAAUCCUUUGUGGUCAAGGUUACCCCGACGUAUAUACCAGCGUUUAUCAUUACCUUCCAUGGAUCAAUUAUUACAUGAGAAACACGUAACUUCAUUUAUAAUGUCGAUCGACGCAAGGAUAUAAGUCGUAAUCGUUGACCAGGCAUCGAAUCGUAUUAGGCUUACAAGUAAGUUUCAAGCUGAUCUAUCACUUGCCUAAGUGCGAGAGAUAUAGCUGCAAAAUGGUUGCACGGUUUACUCGGACGUCCUUGAUUUUUUGAGAAACAUAAAAGUUACACUUUGUUCUCUAAUAAAAUAAAAAUAACGUGUAACUCAUAUUUUCUUUCAAAUAUCAAACUACUCGUAAUGAAUCGUGCAACAGGAUUUUUACCAAUUGAACAACUGAUACAUGACUUUAAGGGUUUUUAGUUAGUGAUCUAUUGUGUAAAUUCCUUAAAACUUAUUUGCACACCUAAUAUGCCAUCUGUAUAAUUUAUCAAUUAAAUACACGUUGUCUUAUA